UUCGGGGGCAGGUCCUCGUAAAUCCUGUGGAGGGCGCUGACCCUGCGCCCCGGCUUCGAGGUCAGAAAUCGGUUCCCUCUGGGGACCUGCGGGGCGAGAGCGCUCUGGCCCCUGAAGUGCGAAGUUGCAUCUUUAUUGGGGUCCGGGAUUCCGCGCCUGGCGCUGUCUCCAGCCUGGUGGCGGGCAAGCCUGGCGUGCCAGGUCCAGGAUGCGCUAGAGGAGCGUUUGCAGCCGUCACUGAAUCGCCUGAGGACUAGCGGGGCAAGCCUGAAAUUAACCGCAGCGUUUGCACCAAUAUGAAGGCAAAGCAUGUCCAGACCCAGGCGAAGGUUCCUGCUGACCCAGGCUCUCACCGGCACGUUGUCCUUUACUGUCCUCCUGAGGGUGUCUGGAGCUUCAGUGCUGUGUGCUCUCAGCCUCCAUGCUGGAGUACCACCGACUCCCGCUGUCCAGGACUUGCAGUGGACUCUCCGAGGCACUGAUGUAGAAUCUUCCCCAUUCGCGGCACCAAGAGCAGCCUCACAUGGUGUGGGCUGACAUGAAGAGCUGCCAGAUCCAACAGAGAUUGGGUUGGUAACAUUGAAGAGACACUUCUCACCUGCCUGAAAUGCCCUACGUUAUCUUCAAGUUGCAAGGGCUCUGGAACAGCCCUUGCAGUGCUCCCGUAAAGGACAUCACUGCCAACUUCAGGGAAGCGGGAACACAGCUGCUUGCUUUACAGUAUGGGCUGCUUUUGUGCCUGGAAUGUGUGUGAUGUCCUGAGACCUGUACCUAUUUCAGGGAGCCUUGGGAGGAGCCUGAAUCACUGAUGGAAUUGGACGGUGCAUGGAGAUGGUUGAGCCAGAUGAGGUCCCUGGCUGUGCCUGGGUUCCCCAAAUGUCACCAUGGCGGCACCUGGAAGGGUGUGUUCCAGGCAAACCACAGAGGUGAACUUUCCUGAUAUCGUUGAGAAUUCCUACACCCAGCAGGAAGAGACCAAACCGAGUUUCAGAGACAGCAAAAAUAGACUUCUUCUGAGCCAGGUGGCCUACUUCCAGAACUACCGGCUGAAGACAGACAAAGAUCGAAAAGAUGACGAUGAAGAACAGAAAUACAGAGACCGCAAAAAUAAACUUUUUUUGAGUCAAGUGGCCUACUACCUGGGCUGCCGGCAUAAGAUGGAAGGCAAGUUCCAUGGGUUCACCAUCACGGAAGUGCUGAACAAUGUCUUGUCUUAUCUCUGAGAAAUUACACACUCUCGUCUUCAAAGUUAAUUUAAUCCUUUCCAUACUACUAGGAAAAUAGCAAUGGGUAUUUUAACAUUAUGGUAAAGAUGGAAGUCAGAGGCCAAGGCAUUUAGCAACACUGCCACAUCUGCAGUAAGGUGGGUGUCGGACUAGGGUUAAUAACGCAGCUAACGAUUCCUGACACAGGCACAGAACCACCUGUUUUUCUCAGGAAGAGACUAAAUCACGUUGUCAGGAAUUCUCUCUAACACAUAGGAUCCUUCAGAACUUAUAAGCAAGAUAAAGGUAGAAGCGUUUAUAUCCUGGUUUCAGGGUGACUGAAUAGCUAAGACAAGUUGACUCUAAGGAGAUCAAGAGUGGAGAUAAGAAGAGUAAAAGCAGGGAAACACCAUGUGCAAUAGGCAAGGCUGUCAGUGAGAUCCCUCAGUCCUGAUUAAACCAACUUAUCGUCACCAGUUUGUAACCCAUUAUGUGUCUGGGUUUCUUCUCCCCAGUCCCUGGCUUUCUGUGUUGUGCCCAAAAAGUCAACAUGGUGGCAUCUGGCAGGCCUCCUUUUAGAAUAAACCGAGAGGUGAACGUUCCAGAAGGCAUUGAGAAAUCCAGCUCACAACAGGAAGAAAACAAACCGAAUGUCAGAGCCAGCAAAAACAGACUUCUUCUGAGCCAGGUGGCCUACUUCCAGAACUACCGGAUGAAGACAGACAAUGAUCGAAAAGAUCACGAUGAAGAACAAAAAUACAGAGACAGCAAAAACAAACUUGUUAUGAGUCAAGUGGCCUACUACCUGGCCUGCCGGCUGAGGAUGAAAGUCCCUGGCUUUCUGUAUUACCCAAACAUCAGCAAGGUGGAUUCCGGUAAGCUUCCUUCCAGAAAAGACCCAGAGGUGAACGUUCCAGAAGCCAUUGUGAAAUCCUGCUCCCAGCGGGAAGAUAACAAACCGGAUGUCGGAGUCCGCCGAAAUAGAUGUCUUCUGAGUGAGGUGGACUACUCCCUGAACUACCGGCUGAGGGCAUACGGUGAUCAAGGUUAUUAUGAAAAACGGAAAUACAGAGAUAGCAAAAAUAAGCAUUUUACAAGUCAAGCGGCCUUCUGCCUGGGCUCUUGGCUGAAGACGGAAGUCCCUGGCUUUCUGUAUUCUGCCCCAAACGUCCACAUGGUGGCGUCUGGCAGGCCUUCUUCCAGAAUACACCCAGAGGUGAACUUUCCAGAAGGCAUUGAGAAAUUCUGCUCACAACAGGAAGAAAACAAACCAAAUGUCGGAGCCAGCAAAAACAGACUUCUUCUGAGCCAGGUGGCCUACUUCCAGAACUACCGGCUGAAGACAGACAAAGAUCGAAAAGGUCAUGACGAAGAACAGAAAUACAGAGACAGGAAAAAUAAACUUUUUAUGAGUCAAGUUGCCUACUACCUGGGCUGCCAGCAUAAGACGGAAGUCCCUGGCUCUCUGUUAUCUUGUUCAAACAUCAGCAAGGGGGCAUCUGGCCGGCCUCCUUACAGAAAAUACACAGAGGUGAACGUUCCAGAAGGCAUUGAGAAAUCCUACUCCCAGCAGGAAGAUAAACCGAAUGUCAGAGUCAGCAAAAAUAGAUGUCUUCUGAGUGAGGCGAACUACUCCCUGAACUGCCGGCUGAAGACCUACAAUGAUCAAAAAGAUCAUGAUGAAGAACAGAAAUGCAGAGACAGCAAAAAUAAACAUCUUAUGAGUCAAGCGGCCUACUACCUGGACUGCCGGCUGAAGAGGGAAGGAAGUCAAGGUGAUGUUGAGGAAGAGGAGGAGAAAGGGCCAGUGCCCCCCAGGAAUCUGCAGGAGUCUGUGGAGGAGGAAGCCCCCCAGGAGUCCUGGGAUGAAGGUGAUUCGACUCUCUCAGUUCCUCCUGGCCCAUCUGCCUUCAAUGAGACUUUGAGGAGCAACUUGCACUCAUUAGAGGAGCAGCAAGUCAUCUCGGCUGUUGACAUAGACAAGAUUAAAAAUGACCAAGAAGAAGAAGAAGACCAAGGCCCACCAUGCCCCAGGCUCAGCAUGGAGCUGGUGGAAGCAGAAGAACCUGAAGUCUUCCGGUCCUCACUGGAUGUAUUGUAUUCAACUUAUGCAGCUUAUCCUGAAUUUUAUUUCACAUGCCAGGCUUACACAUAUGUGAUUUUUUUAUUUGUGGAAGAGCAUGUUCGCUUGACUUUGGACAUGGACAGUAGGUUUCUUACUACGACGGUGACAAGACUCCUUCCCCUGGUCUCCCGGGUAGGGGUCAUAUUUCCACACUAAGACAGCGUGUCACGUGGGACUCUGCCACUGCAGAGUAUGAACACCACCAUGUUCUUGCUGAAACACUUAGCCUGAGUUUCAUAGCCUGAGGUAAUCUCCAGACAACUUCAGAAUGUAGAGCAGUGAGCAGCACAAGUGACCUUUCUCCUUCAGAAAGCCCAUGUCACCACAAAUCACACAACCAAAAGGAGAAGAGACAUUUUGGGUUGAAAAAGAGUAAAGAGAUAAUGUAGCUACAUUUCUUUAGUUCUUUUGAACCCAAAGUGUCUCCUCACCUUUUGUUGUUGUCAUUGAUGGUGGUGACAUGGGCUUGUUUGUAGAGGACAGGUCAGCUGUCUGACUCAAAGCUCCACCCUCUGAAGUUGUCUGAAAAUGUCCUCAUGAUUAAAUUCAGCCUAAGUGUUUUUCCGGGACUCUGCAGGGUCAAUGCUACCUCACCCAUCUGCAGGCAGAGAAGGUCCUGUGUGUCUCCCACCGUGAUUGUGAUACCAGGACUGUUCCACCAUUUGUCUACCAUCAUGAUCCUGAUACCAGGACUCUUCCACCAUUUGUGUUCCACCAUGUUCGUGGUACCAGGACUGUUCCACCAUUUGUCUACAACCAUGAUUGUGAUACCAGGAAACCACCGUUUGUCUAUUACCAUGAUCGUGGUACCAGGACUGUUCUACCAUUUGUCUACCACCAUGAUUGUGAUACCAGGACUGUUGCACCAUUUGUCUACCGCCAUGAUUGGGGUACCAAGACUGUGUUACCUUUUAUCUACCAUUGUGAUUGUCAUACCAGGACUCUUCCACCAUUUGUCUAUCACCAUGAUCGUGAUACCAAAACUCUUCCACCAUUUGUCUAAGAUUAUGAUCGUGAUACCAGGACUGUUCCUUCAUUUGUCUACCAUCAUGAUCGUGAUACCAGGACCGUUUCACUAUUUGUCUAUCACCAUUAUCGUGAUGCCAGAUCUGUACCUUUCAGAGACAGCUUAUUUAUACCGAAGUAAUUGGAAAAAUGGUUUUUAAAAGUAUUAAUAUGCUGUGUUCAAAUGACCCUCAACAUUUUCUUCAUUAAUCAUCCCUGGCGUUGUCAAUUGUUAUAUUUAUAUCUCUCUAGUGGAAAUUUUCAAUUUUUCCUGUAUCUUUGCUUUUCCUAGUUGUCUGUUGUUGGAAAAAAAAAGUUCCUGCCUGCAUUUUAAUUUUUGCCAAAGUUAAUUUUAAUCUAUACUAUUAAAAUGUUUUCUCUUAAGACUGUCAGCACAUAAGGCCACAGCAAAACAGAAUUCACUGAUUUUGAAGCCUUUUUUGAUUUGUUGCUGACAAGAGACGUUGUUUUCUUAGCUGCUAAUAACUAUUUGAGCAGUCAGGAAAGGUCUAUCAGACUAAGGACAUGAAAAGCCCAGGCCAUUCUCUUUGAGUCUUUUAAACUAUUUCAAAAGAGAAGAGAAUAGGUAGAUUCCACAUAUGUGGACAGGAAGGAGAAUACACUAAAAGCAACAGACAACUAUUUCCCAAAACAGAAAAUUAGAUUUAAAUAAACAUACAGCAUUAAAAUUCAUUAAACAUUUUCUCAUGAAAUGUAAUCUCUAAACUUACCUGUUAUAUGAAAGUCAGUUCUUAACAUGCCACACUGCAUUGACUGUUGACAUUCAUAAGAACAUAUUUCCAAGUUUAUUAUUUGAAAAUGCAAAUGGACUGUAAUUCUUUUUUGCAGUAAUCUUUUUAAGAUUGAAGAUUUUAUUCAAAAUAAAACCAGAGAUUUUAAAGAUUGAAAAUGACAUUAAAAUUUAUCUUCUCAAAAUAA